AUGCCAUUGCACUUUGAAUACACACGUGCUCAAUCUGAGGAAAUAGAAGAAAGUAAUAAAAUAUUUAAAAAUGGUUGUCGGAGAGCCAAGUAUCCACAAUAUUAUGAGUGGGAUGGAGAGUACAGGAGGUGUACGACUGCACAACCACAAACGGAAAUUGAAACAAAGACGCCAGUUAGACUCGAUUUAUUGCUAUCCUUGGUGCCGCAAUCGGCUAGCGCUGACAAAUUGGUCGUCACGAAUGAUCAAUCGCCUGAGACUGGUAGAAAUAUCGGCACGGAAACGAUGCCACCUACUCGAUGUCUUUCUGUUGGCAGCCUCAUGGAUCUCGAUAGAAAUAAUUCGGAUCGUAUUCGAGAAAUGGUCGAAGAGGAGUCUCCGAGGACAAAUGCUAAUGACACUAAGAGGAAAUUGGAGAACACGCCUUCGAUGGAGGAAAAUGUUGAAGCAGGUGUUAAGAAGAAAGAUCGGUCGAGAAGAAAAGAACGGACUGAUGAUAGAGAGCCAAGAUCUUAUAGGUCUACUUCAAGACAUCAUUCCGCUCCAAUAACUAAUGCUAUUACUGAAGAGGCUAUGGAAGUUGAACCUAGUGUUGAGCUGGAUCUUCGAGACCCGGCUGCUGCUGCCGCUUGUUUAGAACUUAUUCGUGAAGCUCAAUCGAAGUCGCCGAGUAAGGAGCGAAGUAGAACUCCUGUUCCGUUGGAAGAAAAAGUUCAAAUGAAUGAGCAACAAGUUUUUAAGGAAAAUUUCAAUGAUACUAAUCAAGAUGUUAAGCCUAUUGCUAAUAAAUUGGAUAAUGUAGCGGAUAACUCUGGAGAAAAACAAUCUGUUGAUCAGGUAAUUAAUAAAACUCAGGUUAAAAAGUCGGUAAAAUCUAAAACUAAUGAUGUGAAGAAUAUUAAUGAUAAUGCUUCCAAACAAGAUGUGCCAAGUAAAGACAUUGAAUUAACACAGAAAGUAAAUUCAGAAGAGAGUGAAAAAAUUUCUACUCCUACGGAGGAAAAAUCUGAAGUGAAGAAUGAGAAUAAAAAAUUGAAACAAAAAUCACAGUCACUUGAUGAAGAAGCGGUUGCUCCGACUAAGCCAACGGAAAGGAGACGUUCUAAAAUAUUUGAGACAGCUGAAAAGUUCAAUCAACUUUUGUCAUCAGGCAGUGAACCAGAAAAGCCAAAGAAGAUUUUUAUACCUGGUGUUAACGUAGGUGGUGCUAAGCGAGCAUUUGAGCGUAAAGCGAGUCUCUCUUCCGUUGCAGUUCCACAGCCCGUUAAGUUAAAUGCGUCUAAGGUAAUAAUAGAUGUGCCUAAUGAUAAAAAAAAUGACAAGGAAGAAAAAUUAACUACUGUAACCAAGUCAGAGUCUUCGGUAAAGAAUGAAGAGGAGCGACGUCGGGAUGAAGAAAAGAAACGAGCUGUUGAUAUUAUCACUGGUGCCUUAGGUAAACCUCCAGUCAAGAAAAAAGUCAAUGGAUCGCCUCCAAUGACUCCCCAGAGUCAAGAGUCGAAAAAUCUUGGUCUAAAGAUUCAAUUGGGACCAAACGACUUGAGAAAUGCUACGGUGUCGGUGUCUACUCCCGUAGACACCAAGUAUCCAGACUUUGAAUCUUCUCCAGUAAAACCCGCUGCUGUUGCAAAUUCAGUGCCAACUACUCCAGAGUCAAAGAGUGUCAAUAAUUCGUUCUCCGACGAGCCAACAAUGUCAAGUAAGAUGGAGAUAAAACUCAAGAGUGCGACGUUACCUCGACCGAGAAAAACUAGUAAAGCAGAAAUUACAUUGGCGGGAGUUAAAGCACCUGAGCCAGCAUUCAAGUCGGAAGUCGAGGCCAAGAUCGAUGCUUUCCAUCCUCAAAAAUUGAGGACUCAAAAGUCUGAAGUCGCGUUCCCUGUAGCUGCGGUUACUUCUCAGGCUAACCGAAGUUCUAGCUUGGAGCCUGAGAGCAGUAAAUCAAAGAUUUUAGGAAAGGAGAGAAUAAUACCAAUUCACGUGGAAUCAGGUCAUCAAAUUCAGAACUCAGCGACUCCUCCGAAGCCACCGAUGCCCCAGCGAUCCAUGUCUCAGCGCUCGAAUUCGUUAUCGCGGCAGUCUACUGCAGAUUCAGACACUGACAGUGCUCUUGGCUCAACUGUUGGCCCCGAGCCGAUCAGAAAAAGUCCCAGGGAAUAUAUUAUUCCCAUUGCCGUUGAAGGAGGUGGAUAUGUCACUCCAAGAUCUGGCAGUGUAGAGCCCGAGAGUAAAACAAGCACACCCACUAGCACAAAUCCGCCACGAGCGAGGUUUGGAAGAGGCAGAAGAAUGGGCUCUUUGCUUUCUGACGCCAGUGAAGACGAGUCGCCAUUCUCUACGCUCCAUCGGGACAGCGAUGAUUUACUUCAAAGACACAUGCAUCGGCUGAGAAGUUCAAGACCUUCUAGACAAGCUCCAGAGCAUGCAGACAGCCUGUCAUCCGGCGAGGAUGACGAUGACGAUGGCUUUGAGCUUUUGACCGCUGAAAAUUUAUUCUCAACGCUUUUGUCGAGAGUUCGUAGUCUGACCCAGCGGCUCAAUGUUGAUGAUAAUCGAGGAACUGGAUUUCCUCGCAGCCGAUUGUUGGAUAGACUAGGUUCUAAUUCCUCUCAAGGAUUCUGGGGAAUGUCCGAACCUCUUUCAAGGCGAUUGGCAGAGUCACCAUUCAGACGAUCUCUCAGUCGCGAUACAGACAGAUUUGGGCGUAAGGAUUCAGCAAUGUCAUCAAAUCCUGGAACACCCACGAGCCUUGGAGCUCGUACUACGCCAUCACAUGAAAGUAUUUUUGAAUUAGGCAGCAGUAAUACUUUACCUCGAGAGUCACGUAAAAAGGAUCAAGAGUCUGAUUCGCGUCCCAAUUCCUCAACAAGUGGCACCCGCGAUAGCUUCACUCCAAGUCUUGCGCGUCGCCUCAGCAGACAAUUUAUCGAACAAACAAGACAAUCAUUGCCAAGGUCGCCGUCAAUACCGCGCGACCGACUCUACAGGUCUUCAACAGAGGAGCCAGAUUCUUUGUCAUCAUUGUUGCCAGAUCGUUCGAUGUACCGCAGCAAAUCAAGCGAUAGAAGCUUGAGAAGAACUAACAGUUUGUUGGAGAACGAUCGAGGGGAGAGACCUGAGUUUCGAUACAGGCGCAGCGUCAGUUUGUUCGAAGAUGAUGAUGAUGAUGAGACACUCCCACCACUUCCUAGGCAAGUUAUGACUCUUGGACGGAAGUACCGAGACACUGUCAAGGCUGCAGUUAAUGGAAUUCGCCGGGAUAAUAUUUGCUUGGCUGAGAAAAUCCAAGAGGAGCCUACUGAUGAGCUGACAUCACCGAAAAAAAAUUCAAUCCAAGUUCCUGAACAAGCUUCGCCUUCUGAGGGAACUUCAGUGUGUAAUUCAGCGACUAAUUUAGGAGAUACCACUUCUAGUUUGUCGACUAAGUCACAAGAAACUUCACCGGGAGAUUCUUCAUCAAAUAUCCAGCAGCAAGGAGAAGCUUUGAACUCUUUUCGCGCUGAUGCUAAAGAAUUUGAGUCCCGGCUUCUGGCUGCUGAGAAUUUAAUUAAAGAGUCAAAAUUACGCAACCUGGGACUCAAUAAAUUUGACCCUAAUUUGAGUUCUAGUUACAAAGAAACUGAAAAGUGUGAUAAACAGUUGCUGGGGUCUAUGACUGAUUUAACAAGUGGUGUUUUAAAUAAACGACGUAGCUGCAUACCGAGUUUAAGAUUGCGAUCUGGGUCUUUGACUCGAGAAGCUAUGGGUCGCAGGAGCACUUUGACUUCUCCUGAACCGGUUGAUAUUCGCGCUGCAACUCCUGAGAGAUCUUUGCUAAGUAAACUCUUCCGCUCUGGAAGUGUGAGCCGUGAGCGAGACUCUGAAAGCAAGGACAAGUCUCCAAAAACUAAGCGAAGGAUUUCAAGAUUUUUGAGGCCUGACUUUUUUGAUACUCCUAGGGAAGAAAGCCAGUAUGUUAAGGAUAAGGAAGCUCAGAAGGCGGCUGAAAAUGAAAGAAGAAAAUCGAGGUUUAUGAAGAGGAAGGAGAAUAAGGAUGUUGAAGAUGUUGAAGAUGUUAAAGAGAAAGAAGAAAAGCCUGAGAAGGAGUUGAAGAAUCAAGCUAAUGAAAUUACCAGGGAUCAAAGUGAUUUGAUUAAUUUUAAUAAGAUAAAUAAUUCUAAUGUUGAUAAUUUAAGCACGGAUAAAUUAGAAAGACAAAAUUCUAAAAAUAGUUUCUUCCAGACUUUAGAGAAGAAAUUAGAAAAACUCAGAUCUAAUGAUGAGUCACAAAAGGUGGAAUCAAGUGAUCCUUUGAAAGGAUCUACUGAUGAUUUGCAGAAAAUUAAUGGUGAUGUUAAAGAAGAAAUAAAUAAUUCUGUUGUGGAGACUUUAAGUGAAGCUGAUGUUAUAAAAAAAGUAGCAAGUAUGGAAGAUUUAACGAGUGAGCCGGCUCCUGCGGUAAAAUCAAAAGUUUCAAGUGUGCUGGGGCUUUUUAGAAAUGAUUAUAAGUCUGCAGUUAAUGGGGGAAGACAACAAACUUUGUUGAGCAAGUUGAAGAAAAAUGUUUAUCGAGGGUCACGUUCUGAUAGUGUAUUGACUCCUGAAGCUUCUAGUAAAAUUCCCAAGGCUAAAGCUGGAGAAAUUAAGCCUAGGAGAAGUUUAGAGCUUAAAAGAUCACCUGAGAAAGUUGAUAAAAAAUCUCCUCCGAAGGAGAAGGAGAAGGUUAAGGAAAAAAGUCCGCCUGAAAGAGCUAGUGUAGAACGAAAGUCUGUUGAGAAGCAAAUAAAGUUUCCCAAAAAAUUGACUCCGGAAAAGUCGAUUGAGAUUGUUAAAACAGAGAAGACAAGUUUGCCGGAGAAGGAGAUAAGGAAGUCUAAAUCUCCAGAGAUUAAAGUUGAUAAAACUUUGUCGGGCUCGAAGUUAACUAAGAAAAUAUCUCCGGAUAAGGUUGUUGAUAAUAAGAAAGCCGAGUCGAAGAAUAGUGAAGUUGAUGAGAAGAAAUUGAAGAAGAAAAGUGUCAAGUCGUUGAGUUUAACGAAAAAUGGGUCAGUUAAAUUGGAAAAAGAUGAGGAUAAAAAAUCUGAUAAAGUUAAAAAGGUCGUGAAGAAAGAAGUCAUUGAGAAAGAUGCUGAUGGAACUAAGAAGAAGAAAAUAGUUAGGGUUGUUAAAAAGGUUGUUAAAAAAUCAGAAAGUUCUUCUGAUAAGCCUGAAGAAAAGGAAAAAGAUAAAGAGAAGAAGACUUUGUUGAAAAAAAUUACCUCGAGUGUGAAAAAAGAAAGUAGUCCUGAAGCGGAUAAAGGGAAGAAAAUGCAAAAUAUUGAUUCAGGAUUGAUAAAUUGUGAAGCUUCUUCAAAUUGUCUUGAUAAUCUUUCUAAUAAUAUUAGUUCUGUAAUUUCAAACGUUAAAGAUCACAGUGAGCAAGAUAAUUCUAAGAUAUCUUCCAAUGAUUUAAAUCCAAACAUUUCUAACAAUUUAGAUGAAAAAGUACCCGUUAAUAACAUUGAUAGCAAAAUAAUUAGCAAAAACUUUGAUACAAAGACGCUUAGUAAAGAUUUAGACCUAAAUAGAUCCGAAGAAAAUACAAAAGUAAUUGAGAAAAGUUCUGAUUUAAAAGUUCCUAGCCAAGAUUUGGACACAAAAAUUGUUUGUAAUGAUCAAGAUACAAAAAUAAUGAGUCAGGAUUGUAAUAUUAAGACACCUAGUGAAGUUUUGAAUAUAAACAGUCCUAGUAAUAAUGGCUUGGAUGUGAUAAUAUCUAGUAAUUUGAAAGAAGAAAUGCCAAAUAAUGAUUUAGUUAAAAAAAUUUUAACUAUUCAUCAGGAAGAAAAGGAAGAAAUUAAAGAUUUGGAUAGCAAAGCACGAGCAAAUAGAAGUAAUUUAAAGCUGGAUUUAUCUAAAAUACCUCAACAUUCAUUUAAAAACGGUGCUGCAAAGAAAGAGUACAUCAAAGAUCCUGAAUUUUCAGAAAAACCAGAUAGUUCUUCGAAAAUUCAGUCUAUUUUAACGAAAGAAAAAGUUGUAACAGAAAAGCCACCUAAAGGAGCAGAUUUUGUUCGCCAGCUUUCCAUUCGGCCUGAAGAAGAGCUUAAGGUGGCUUUGAAGCCUGAGACUGAAAGAACAAAGCAAGAAAAUUCAAUUACAUCAACUUAUCCAACUGAAGACAUUUUGUCGCCGAUGGACGACGUGGAGAGCUUUGACUCCUGGUCAAUCUGUUCCAACGACAUGAAUCACCGUAGCAGUUUAGACCUGUGCUCGCCUACGUCUCCAGUUUAUUCUCCAUCGGUUCGUAGCGAGCAUUCAGAGUCAAUAAUUGACCGAAUUCGCAGAAAAAGUUUCUACUCUCGAUUUAACGAACGGAAGCGCAAGAGUUCUCUGUCUGUACCUUCUUCAGGACUUUCGCCGAGUUCAACUCUUCCUCGUAAGUUUAGCUUCCACUCUCGAGAUAGUAAAAAUUUGAGCUAUACCUCAUCUUCGAGAAGAAAUCCGGAGAGGACUCACAGUUUGUACAACGAAGACUUACCCAGUAUGAGAAAAUCUCCCGUUGAACGUGAUAGGUACUCGGACGGUUCUUAUCCCAGUGAUUUAAAGUCUCCCGUAGAUCACUACAAUACUUCUUCUUCUUCUUCUUUUUCUUUGUACUAUGAUCCUCUGAGACGUUAUAGAAUGUCUCCUGGUGAUUCGGCUAAUAGAAAGUACCAGAGUAAUGAUUAUGGGCUUGAUAAUGACUUGAAUAUGUACAAAAAUCCUCAGAGCACUUCUUCUUCUUCCUCUUCAACUUUAAAUGAUGUCAGUGAUUAUCGUAGUAAUACGUUGAGGAAAUACGGGAAAAAUCAACACAAAACUGCUGAUUAUUAUGAAGAUCUUCUUGCUCCAUCAAGGAUUGACUAUCUUUCAGCCCGAAAAACAUCUCCUUUACCAACAGAACCACUGGGAAGAAAUGAAAACGGACAUUACAAUGGGCAUUUUCAUCAAUCAGAUUCUGACAAAUGGAGAUACUCGGAUAAAAUUAACAGUCCUGAUUCUCCUGAAAACAGUGAUAAAAGUUGCGGAGAUGAUCUUAAGAGUAAUAGUCAAACAAUUGAAGAAUCUAAAGAAUUAUCAGCAGCUUGUCCUGACGCUGAGACAACGACUUAA